AUGUCCUGCUUGCUCAGGAUGUAUGCCGGCUCACUCUUUUCACAGCUCAUCGAUGCCAAAGGCAAGAUCCAGGUUUGCAUGAGGUGGGAAACCACUUCGACUAGUAUUACUGCGGCUCAGAGAACGGCCGUCGAAGAGGCUGUAGGCAAAAUGUACAACAAAUGGAUAGCCUGGCUCGCGGGGUGGGACGAUUCUUCCGUACAGCUCCGUUCCGUCACAGUAGUUGGAUGGGUAACGAGCAAUACUGCACUUCUUCAAGGUUCUACAUCUGGUGUCGACGUAUAUAAUACUGUGGACGAAGGCGGAAUACCACAGUGUGACCCUCGUUGUGGAAGGUUCUUCCAUCAGGAUCACAAUUACUCUUCUUGUCCUGGUGGAUCCGCUCGACACUACGACUGGUCGCUCUGGCUUACUCAAGGAAUGAGUGGAGGGGCGGGCGGUGACUGGGGUAUGCGCAUUGGGCUCGAAUAUAUGAUGCAAAACUUGAACUCGGAAAACAUACACAUUUUACUUCACGAAAUGGGUCAUCACUUUGCCCUGGAUGACUUCUAUGACUGGACUCCAACGGGAAUGAUAAAUUUCAUCAUGUUAGCUGGCUCUUCUACCGCAAUUACGCCGUUCGAUGGCUGGAUGGCACGUGACUGGUGGAGGCAUCUCAAGUCGAGAUACAAUCUUUCAGCUGCAACAUCAACAACAAAGGCGUCCUCUACGUCGACUAGUCGGGCGUCCUCUUCGUCUACUCGAAGUUCGAGCAGCUCAACUCGUGCUUCUAGUACGACAUCUGGGGCGUCUAGUGGCCAGACACUCUAUGGUCAGUGCGGCGGUCAAGGAUGGACUGGUCCAACAACGUGCGCUCAGGGUACCUGCAAAUACUCGAAUGCAUGGUAUUCGCAAUGCCUCAACUAA